AUGCGCUUGCCCGCUCCUGCCUCCGCAGCCGGUCUGUGGCCCAUGGAAUACUUACCUGACGUCGAUAUCCCGCCAGCCGACGGAGGCGAUCACGGCAAUGACGAAGGCCAAAACUGGUCCUCGCUGAUCGGCAUUAUCACCGCCAUCUGCGGCAACAUCCUAAUAGCUCUGGCGCUCAAUGUCCAACGAUAUGCCCACAUUCGGUUGAAUCACCACCGGGCCGAGAUACGACGGCGCGCAAAGCAGGCGCUCAGGGAGGCUAGGGCCAAGGCGAACGGGACAAUUUCUGGAAGUGGAGGUAUAUACGGAACCACAGCUCCCGUGUCUGAUGGGGCUCUCUCGAGGAAGGACACCACUCGCCGCCCCACCAGCGACCUGGCCAUUGAUGCCCACGAAACCGAGCCUCUCACACGGUCCUCUGAUUCUACAGACUCGGGUUGGUCCGAGUCUUCGACUCCCACGAGUGGGGAGAUCAAGGUCACAACUACAUAUCUGAAGGAUCCGUACUGGUGGCUAGGCCAGGGCUUGAUCACUGUGGGCGAGACGGGCAACUUCCUGGCAUAUGGCUUUGCUCCGGCUUCCGUCGUCAGUCCUCUCGGCGUCGUUGCUUUGGUGUCCAACUGCAUCAUUGCGCCCAUCUUCUUCAAAGAGGUCUUCCGGCGGCGAGACUUCUUUGGUGUACUCAUUGCCGUGGCCGGUGCCGUGAUCGUGGUCUUGAGUGCCGAGUCGCAGGAGACCAAGAUGGGGCCUCACGAAGUAUGGGAUGCGAUCACGACCAUGGAAUUCGAGAUCUAUAUGGGCCUUAGCUGUUCCUUGAUUGUUCUCCUUAUGUGGGCGAGCCCCAGGUACGGAAACCGGACCAUCCUCAUCGAUCUGGGUCUGGUCGGUCUCUUUGGCGGAUAUACUGCCCUCUCUACAAAAGGUGUCUCAUCGAUGCUCUCCUCUACUCUUCUCGGCGCUUUCACCACACCGAUUACAUACGUUCUGAUAUUUGUCUUGCUCUUCACCGCAGUCAUGCAAGUCCAUUAUGUAAACAAGGCGCUCCGGCGUUUCGAUUCUACCCAGGUCAUUCCCGUCCAGUUUGUACUGUUUACACUAUCUGUAAUCAUCGGCAGUGCCGUCCUCUAUCGGGACUUUGAGAGGACAACCAGCAAGCAAGUGCUCAGAUUUAUCGGCGGCUGCAUGUUGACUUUCUUCGGCGUGUUCCUCAUUACCAGCGGCAGGCCGCACCAUGAUGAGGAAGAGGAGGAAGAAGAGAUUCUCUCCGACGCCGAGGGCAUUGACGAAACCAUUGGCCUUGCAGAACAAGGCCCAACGCUAGGAGCAGCAGCGGCAAUCGUCGCCGCGACCUCAUCACCACAUACACCCCGCCAGUCCUCUCGCAGACGUAGCGAUUCUACGAGAUCCCGACGAUCGUCGCGUAUCAGUUUUAAAGAAGCCUCAGUCAGACCCCUAUCAGCAGUAGAGGAGGCGGAGGAUACAGGCCUUCCUUCGCGCACUCACACCAGGACCAAAUCUCAGAAGACUCUCAUUGAAGAAUCAGACGACGACGACAACGAAGACGCGCCGUUACUCGGCAACCCCUGGAGGGCGGCAUCUUCCCAAGAAAGAAACAGAAGUGAAGAAUACAUCCCAGAAAUCGACGCACAUUACCAUCACCCGGGCAUCGGCCCACACACCAUCUCCUCAGACACCAUCCUCUCCAUCCCCGUCUCCUCUGACGAAUUCGGCACCGAUCUCCUCUCAACCACACCCCAACCCAACAUCACCAUCACCUGUGGCUCCUCUCCCGCUGCCGGCUCCUCAGCCGCAACCCGUACGCCCCCUUCCGCCUCGCGACCGGCCACACCCCGCGCACCCGUUUCUUCCUCCACCCUAUCACAAUCGCACCGCGCCUUCAACGCCCACGUCCACCACUACGGCCAUCAUCACCACCAUAACGCUGGCGGUAACCCUCUCAUGAUCUCCCCUUCCCCCUUCUCUUCCACUCUUGGUGCCGUGGUAGCGGACAGAUUGCUCCCCCAUCUCGGCAUGACGGCCGAAAAUGACUCGCCUACGCAGAGGAGGAUAGCAGGUCGACGAAGCAGGCCCGGGCUGAGGAAUAGUUUGUUCGUGCCGCAGGACGAACUAGACAAUGACGACGGGUACUUUGACCUGGAAAACUGUAGGGGACGGGGAAGAAGGUCAGCAGCGGUGGGGAGUACGAGUACUUUUGGUCCGUUGCUGGAUCUUACCGGACUAGGCGGUAACGGUAGCAAGGGUGAGGGACAGCGAGGUCCAGGGCAAGGUCAAGGUCAAGGUCAUGGAGACCAAGGGAUAAGAGGACGAGCGAGGAGUUUGAGUGGGACGUUGGCCGAGUUGUUGGGUGGUGGAUGGAGGAUGGGUGGCGGUGGUGGUGGUGGUGGUUCCUCGCACGUGAGCACGAGCGCGACCGCUGCCACUUCGAGUGGUAACAACGGGUCGAACCCGACAAUGCGGGUGCCCAAUGCUAGUAGUAGGAGCAGAAUGGGAAUGAAGAGGAGACGGACGGAUCCGAACUUCAGGGUUAUUAGAAAUGGAGGAGAGACUAGAGUAACUGAAGAUGAAGAGGUUGAGGGGGAUGAGGAAGGGCAAGGAAGUCGGUUGGAGACGACGAGGAGUGCUGCUGUAUAGAUGUCGGUGGGAAAGGGUGGAAAAUUUGUUGUUUCGGUUAUCUAGAAAGCAUUAUAUGAAAGCGAGCAUAGCGAGAAAAACAAAGCAGGUAAACAGGCGUUCUGUUAUAUAAUAAUAGCAUGUAGAGGGCGCACAAUAUUAUUGAGCGUUGUCUUGGUCAAG